AUGUCUUCAACGAUGAUCAUCAGUCGGCGAGAAUGUUUCGCAAAAGCUCUCUAUGUAGAGGUCAUUUUAGACAUGACGAAGGGAACCUUGUCUUGUGCGGAGGAUCUCCAGGCUUUUAAAUCCAUCUUUGAGUGGUUGUUGAAUGGAAUGAUCAAUGAGGACGAAUUUCAAGUAUUGAUUUUGAAAUGGAUAAAACAAAGUAUUCAUUCGGGGGCUGUAUCAUCCCGACCGAAAUCUACUCUAAGCGAGCAAGAAUGGAUGCACUCCAUAUCAUCUUAUUCGGAAUAUCAGUUGGAUGUGUUGCUGGGUUUAUUGGUAAAAAUUCAAAACGUUGAGUUGAUAGAGAAAUGGAAUAUUUCCGACGAAUGGAUUAAGUCAGUGGAACACUUAUUCUUCUUACUCGAUACUGACAACAAAACUUUGUUGUCAGUGGAAGAAAUAUUAAUUCUAUUAAUUGUGAUUUCAAGCGACAGCGCUGACAGGGAACAAAAGAGACCUGAAUAUUUGCUGAAACAAACAUUUGAAAUUAUGAGAGAAUGCAAAGCUUACAAUGGAUUUAUUACGCUCAGAAGAUUCAAAGAAUAUUUUCAUACAAAUUGCUUAGAGAGAGAUAUGAUUGAAUCAUCUGUUGUACUCAUUGAAAGGGAUGUGGCUGAUCUGAAUUUGACAAGCAAAAAUUCAAGUAAUGGUUACCAUCAGCUUUUAAUACCAUUUCUGUGGAGAGAGGCUGUUGCUGAAUCAAAAGAGUAUUUUUCUAACGGGGAAGGCUAUGAUCAUUAUAAAACCAAACGAAAACCCUUCGACCCCAAGUCUGACCCUCUUUUUGCCAUUUUUGACAAAGUUCUUUCCUGCUUUUCCAACCUUAUUAUUCGUACCGUUGCAUGCUUUGAAAGUGUAGGCGAAAAGCAUGCAAGAAUAGACACCACGACACAAACUCCAACUUUGCCAAAUAAUAAUACGUUAACGAUCACAAAUCCACUAGUCAAAAGCAAUUCUCAUUCCAAAUCGACACCUCAUGAACCAAAAGAAAGCAAAACUCUCUCUUCCUUCACUCCCACCAAGAAAUUGCAAGAGGUGAAAGAUUUGAAAAUAGUGGGAGAGCUCAAUAUCAAACUUCCUUUUGAUGUUGACAAAAUGAUUAGAAAUGCAGAAUGGGUAGACAUUAAGCCGUCUUCAGUUAUGGAGAUAGCAUUCCUUCCUUCAAAAAGUACAUCGUUUUCAACACGAACAAUCCCGCCUGCAACAGAAGAAAUUAGCAAAAAACCAGUUCCAUCCAUCCCUGAAGUGAAUACCUUGGAAGAAAACACAGGAAAGAACGAAGCCCCGUCACUAAAAGAUAACGAGAAAGAAGCACAUAAAGACCAAAAGGACGAACAUCCAGCCCAACCUACUUCAAACAAUUUAACCUCAAAUUCAGCAAAUGAUGAACACCUGAGACCACCUUCAUUGCAUCUCUCAGAACAAGAAAUUGAGGAAGAAGUUGACAAAUUUAUUUCAGCUUACGCAUCUACUCCUAGGUCGGAAAGACAACCAACAUUUUCAGAAGAGGACACCAUUCACUUUCAUUAUUUGCUGAAACAGAAAGCAGGUCUUCGGUCAUUUAACUUGGGAUCUCCGUUUGAGAAGGACUGUUCUUUUUCUGACAAAAAGCAAGACAAUAGCGAAAAAGAGGCAAACACUCCCAAGACAACAGUCCCCACCAUUUCAUCCAAUCCAAACAAUAUUACAUCCUUAGAAUUUCUUUCCCAGCCGAAAGAGUAUGAGCCGGACGUGAUAUUUAUGAGCAAUGAAGAUGCAUCGUUGCUUUCUCCGAUACCUGUGGUGACAUUACCAAAAAAGAAGGCAGGAAAGAGUGCAUCAGGUUCGUUUGGAUCUCCCAAGCCGUCACCAAGAAUUAUCAGCUCAAACACACCCACCCAAUCUCACCUCACUGCCACACCUCGAGAAUCGCUCAGUGUCAUCCUUACGAAUGCACUCCAAGAUACCUCAAAAAUUCUCAAGAAUGAUCUCGAAUAUUCACCAUCAAAAACCAUAUCUGUCAAAUUGGCUGACUUUAUUUCUACAACUGAGAGAAUUCCCUCCAAAGAUGUCACACGUAAUGAAAAGAAACCUUCGCUCGUCAAAAAACCAUCAACUCUCAGUUCAAAGCCAAUAAUUAUUUCAAAGCAUUCAUCCAAACCAAAAAUUGUUGAGGAUACAUUGUUACGGACCACUAGCAGCAAGUCAGCUCCUUCCGCAAAACAAAAGACUAUUAGCAAAAAUUCAUUCACUUCGUCUUCAAAGAAUACUUGGAGGUAA